AUGGGCAAGGCCAAGAAGCUUCGCUCCAUCACCCACAAGAAGCGCGCUCAGCUUACAGGCAGUCCGUCAACCGAAGAGUUACAGGAGCUACAGAGCAUGGAUUUAAGUACGUUGGCAGCAGAUGAGGCGCAGCUGUUUAAAGGCCUUGUGGACCUGCAGGGCGCCGUGCGUGAAGCCACGUGCGUUGCACUUGCCACUAUGUUUGGCGACACAGAGAGUGAUGAGGUUGAAAUGAAGAGCCGUCGUAAACUGCAGCGCAUGGUGGACGCCGGGCUGCUUACGAAGCUCAUCCCGCGGGUCGUGGACCCGCUGCCCAUGGUGCGCCAGCAUGCGCUGGGCGCGCUGCGCAAUAUGAGUGUAACGGGUGGCCUGGAGCUAUGCGAGGUCAUGACGACACAGAAUGUUGUGACGCCGCUCGUGAAAGUUAUUACGGAGAAUGCCACGGACAAGGUACUCAGUGGUAAUGGAGAUUUGCGCGCGGUGCAGCUGUUGGAACAGGCUAUCGCGGCGCUGGCUCGCGCGCACUCGGCACUGCAUCUCGAGACGUUAAAGUUGCUGUUGCUGAUCUCGGAGGGCAAUGCACAGCUGAACGACGUUAUUGGAGCGAACAUGAGGUACCAGCAGACGAUUUUAGAACUUACUCAAGCGCCGUUGGAUCAAUUGACGCUGCAAGUUCGAUUAGAAGCGGUGGGUAUUGCUAUAAACUUGCAGACGAUCAUGCAGGUGGAAGACAAUGUGGCUCGAUUGAUGCCGGUGUUGGAGGCGGCGCUGGCAUAUGAUGCAGUGAAUGUAGUGCAAAUGGCGCAGCAGGCGUCAGAGAACUAUGAGCUGUCGCAGAAGUCUCUUCUGGAAGAUGAGAACGUGGAAGACGAUACGUUUGUCUCCGAGGAGCAGCAUAUCAUGACUGCGCAGAUGAAGGUUCGCAUGUGGCGUGACAGCGUGCAUACGCUUACGCUGGCGCUUGAGCUGGUUGCUGAGCUAGCUGUAUCUGGAGGAGACAAUGACAACGAAGAUGAAUGGGGCAGCGACGAGGAGGACGCUAUGGAGGAGUAUGCGGCGUCGCAUAUGGACAUGGACGCAGGCAUCGAUGCAAAUGGAAGCCCAGUGUUGAAGUUGCUCGGAAGAAACCGCGUGUUUCCCCUUUGCGUGACCAUUCUGCAGGGACUUGUGUCAAUCCCGCAACUUCCUACAAAGACGAUCAGAAACGAUUUUGAGAAGAUGCGUAUUCGCGUGUGCAACGCUGUAAACAACCUUUUGCUGAACGUAUCGUGGGAGGUGCUCGGUGAAGACGUGGUGCCUCAGAUCUUUUGCAAUUUAUGUGCUCUGUAUGGAAACCUCAACCGCGAAGUUGAGGCUGCUUCUGAGGCUCCUACUGCUUUUUCUCUAGAAAGUAGCGCGACGAACGACCUUGAGGUUGCGGUGACUGCGGCAAUAUUGUCAGCGCUGCGUCGUAGCAGUUCAGAGGAUCGUCACUUAGCUGUAGCUGCUGAAGACGCUCAGCUUAUCGUGAACUGCGCUACUCACGGACGCUCUGCUGAGUCUCGACUAAAUGCAAUUGGCGUGAUCGGCUGCGUGGGUAAGCGCUGCUCUAGCGCGGUCGAAAAGGAGACUGUAGGACGCGCUCUUGUAUCACGGCUAGAUGACUCGAGUCUGGAGGUGGUGGUCGAGACUCUCAACGCCAUCUUUGACGUGUACGACGAUGAGGAGUUUGACGAUGCAUUCCGAGCACUGAACUUCCUCGGUGCCUUAGAGUGCACCUCUAGUGCGCUAAAGUCCAAAUUGAAGGCAGAGCAAAAACAGUUAGACCGUACUCUCGUGGCCCACGUAAAGGAGACGCGCCUAAACCUGUUACGUUUCAUCAAGUACAAGAAGAAGCACCUGUAA